ACAACAACAACAACAACAAUGAUCAUAUUAAAACAAUGGCAAAUCAAUAAUCGUUUACUUUACUCGAUUCAGCCAUAUUUGAUUAUGAUGAUACUUAUGUUAAGAUCUAAUCAAUCAUCAUGUAUCAUCAAUGAUAACAGCACUAAUAUUAAUAAUAAUAAUAAUAACAUCACCAAUGUGACAACCAAUUUGGAAAUAGCCAAUAGCAUAAAUUUGCCAUCAUUAUUAUUACCAAUAGCCAAAACUUCAGAUGAUAAUAAUACAAAUCAAAAUGAAAGUGAACAACAAUCAUCAAUCAAACGAUUCGAUUAUGGUGAAUCGAUUGGAUAUUUAGAUCGAUAUAAAAAUCCAAAUAGUUGGAAUGAAUGGAAUGAAAAUGGCAUCUUUGAUGAUGAUAAUGAUGAUGAGGAUUUUGGUGAAUAUUUUGAAUCAGAUAAUUGGCCUGAAUUUAGUCAGGCAUCAUCGAACCAUCAUAUUCAACAUCGACCAUUUGAUCAAUUGCAACAACAACAAAGACCAAAUAAUUUUCAAUCAAAUUCGAAUAAUAAUAAUAAUAAUUAUAAUAAUCAAGGAAAUGGUAAUUUUAGUCAAAGCAAUGAUAAUAAAAACAAUAACAACAACAAUUUGAUGCAACAAGGAAAUUUUCAACAAUCACAACAACAUUAUCAACAGAAUGGUGGACCACAGGGACCUCAGUUCAAUAAUAAUAAUAAUAAUAAUAAUCAAGGACCAAUGAAUUAUAAUCAAGGGCAACCUCAACAACAACAACAACGACAACAAAAUUUUAAUCAAGUUUCACAGCAGCAAAAUAAUCAGAAUCAAGGUGGAGGAGGAUGGCAACAACAAAAUAAUCAAAAUUUUAACCAUGGACCAUCACAACAUCAAAAUAAUCAGAAUCAAGGAGGAGGAGGGUGGCAACAACAAAAUAACCAAAAUUUUAACCAUGGAUCAUCACAACAACAGAAUCAACAAUGGCAGCAGAAUCAGAAUUUCCAGCAAGGUCCAUCAUCAAUACAACAACAACAGCAACAAUCCAAUAACAAUAAUCAAGGAAGCUAUCAGCAGCCACAACAACAAAACCAGAAUUUCAACCAAGGUUCAACAAUGUCACAAAAUCAAGAAGGAUGGAGACCAUUACGACAAAAUCAGAAUUUUAAUCAUGCUCCACCUCAACAACAAAAUCUAGGUGAAUGGCAAUCGAAUCAGAAUUCUCAGGAAAAUUCUCCACAACAACAACAAAAUUAUGGUCAAGGCCCCCAAAAUUUUCAGCAAGGACAACAAUCACCACAAGGACAAUAUCAAAAUCAAGGCCAAUUUCAGAAUAAUCCUAAUCAACAACAAUUCAAUGGCAAUAAUCAACAGAUGAGUAAGAAGACAAUUCAAGCUGCUGUCAUUACACAUCGUCCCGUACAAUUUAUACGCGUACCUGCGACUCAAUCACAACAAAAUCGUCCACCAAUGGUUUUCAAUCUAACGCAAAAAGAUCAUGGCCCUAUCGUUUUGAAUGUUAAGGACAUUUUUAAAACUCCACCGAAAACUCCUCCAAUUUCCGAAGAACAAUUCUUUGGACCAUUACCACAAAAUAAUGUUCAACAGAAUUCACAACAACAACAUAAUAAUCAGCAGCAAAAUUUUAAUCAAAAUUAUAACCAACAAGGUGGUCAACAGAAUCAAAACUAUAAUCAACAGGGUCCACAACAGAAUUUCAACAAUUCACCGAUGCAGCAUCAACAACAAAAUCAGAAUUACAAUCAAGUUUCAUCGACGCAGCAACAGGACCAGAUUUACAACCAAAAUCAAAACAAUCAAAAAUCCCAUCAACAAAAUUACAAUCAAAAUCAACAGCAAAAUUUCAACAAUGGCCCAUCGCAACCGAAUCAAAACUAUAAUCAAGGACCACAACUAAACCAAAGUCCACCAUCACCGUCACAACAACAACAACAAAACUAUGAUGAUAAAUCCUUUCAACAACAACAACCUGAUCAAUUCUACGGAUCUUCGAAUCAAAAUAAUCAUGAAACAUUUGAUGCAAUCAUACCGGAACAACCAAUCUAUGAUGAUCCACCAGUACAGCCUAUGCAACAAUUUUAUUCACCACCACAGCAGCCAUAUUUCAAUCAAUUCAAUGGAGCACCACCACCUGUAGUACCGGUAAUGCCGAUUCAGAUGCCAUUGCAAAUGGCCAUGCCUUUGCCAGUACCUAUGGUUCAACCACAACAACAACAGAAUUUUGCUAAUAAUAAUUAUCCACCAAACAAUUUUAAUAAUCAACAACCACAGCAGCAACAGGAACAACAGCAACAACAAAAACAACCGGUUAAAUCGAAUAAUUCGAAUAAAAAUCAAUCUGGCAAACAGAAACAUUUAUUAUCCAAUACAAAGAAUAAAAAAUCAACAAUUAAUUUUCAUCGUCGUCCAUCUAGAUUUCGUUCACCAAUGAUGAAUUUACGUAAUCGUUUUAAUCGUUUUCAUCAACAACAUCGUUAUCCAAUGAAAGGAUCACAUAGUGUUAAUAGUGUACGAUUAGUAUCACCAUCAGUAGCCACUCGUCAUAAAAAGAAAAAACGUACAUUCAAAAAACUAGGUAAACGAUUGAAAAGUUUAAUGCAUCAACGUCGUCGUCCAUCGUUUAUCGGGUAAACAACAUGAAUAGACAUUGAAAAAAAAAUAUCAAAACUAAUCUUGUGUAAUGAACGGAAAAGCAUUUAUUUAUUUCAAUUCAUUUAUUUUCACACACACACACACACACAUACACACAUUUCAUUCAAUUCGAUUAGAUAUUCGAUCUAUUCGGGUAUAUUUAUUACUACAACUUGUUUUUUUAUU